GCUGCCGAUUGGCUCCGGGCGGCAGCGCUCGCUCCCUUGGGGCGCGCGGGCGUCCACCUGGGACCGGCUUCAGGUGUCGCCGUCGGCCGCGCCGUCGCCCUUCCCUGCCUGAGGGUGAUGACUGCGUCAUCAGACGCGGCCACGACACUUUUGCAGCCUCUCCGGAGGGCUUCUGAUGGGCUGCCCCGGCGGCAGAGCGUAGAGAAAGUGGAAGCCAGGGCUGGGAGCUUUGAGGUAACCAGCUCUUUGCUCUAAGCCCGAACUACUUUUUGUUGUUUUGUUUUUUACGAGACAGGGUUUCUCUCUGCAGCCCUGGUUGUCCUGGAACUCGCUCUGUAGACCAGGCUGGCCUCGAACUCACAGAGAUCCCCCUGCCUCUGCCUCCCGGGUGCUGAAUUAAACCACCACUGCCCGACUAAGCCUAGACUUCUUAAGCUCGCCGCAUCUGGGUGGCCGUGGACAGGAGCUCAUGGAGCCCAGAGGAACCAAGAGAAAAGCGGAGAAAACAGAGGUGGCGGAGCCUUGGAACAAGCUCCCGCGUCCACUGUCCUCACUGCGCACGGAGCCUGCUCUGUACUCUGGCCCCUUCCCCUUCUACCGGCGCCCUUCCGAACUGGGCUGCUUCUCCCUGGACGCCCAGCGCCAGUACCAUGGAGAUGCCCGAGCCCUGCGCUACUACAGCCCGCCCCCUAUCAACGGUCCAGGCCCCGACUUUGACCUCAGAGAUGGGUAUCCUGAUAGAUACCAGCCCCGGGAUGAGGAAGUCCAGGAGAGGCUGGACCAUUUGCUGCGCUGGCUUCUGGAACACCGACACCAGCUGGAGGGGGGUCCGGGCUGGCUGGCAGGGGCCACAGUAACAUGGCGAGGACACCUGACAAAAUUGCUGACCACGCCGUAUGAGCGGCAGGAAGGCUGGCAGCUGGCAGCCUCGCGGUUCCAAGGGACACUGUACCUAAGUGAGGUGGAGACCCCGGCUGCUCGGGCUCAGAGGCUAGCCAGGCCGCCCCUCCUGCGAGAGCUCAUGUACAUGGGCUACAAAUUUGAGCAGUACAUGUGUGCAGACAAACCUGGAGGCUCCCCAGACCCCUCCGGGGAGGUUAACACCAACGUGGCCUUCUGCUCUGUGCUACGCAGCCGCCUGGGAAGCCACCCUCUGCUCUUCUCCGGGGAGGUAGACUGCAUGAACCCCCAAGCCCCAUCCACACAGCCCCCCGCCUGCUAUGUGGAGCUCAAGACCUCCAAGGAGAUGCACAGCCCUGGCCAGUGGAGGAGCUUCUACAGACACAAACUUCUGAAGUGGUGGGCUCAGUCGUUCCUCCCAGGGGUCCCACAUGUUGUCGCCGGCUUCAGGAACCCAGAAGGUUUCGUCUGUUCCUUAAAGACCUUUCCUACCAUGGAGAUGUUUGAAAAUGUCAGGAAUGACCGGGAUGGCUGGAGUCCCUCUGUGUGCAUGAACUUCUGUGCCGCCUUCCUUAGUUUUGCCCAGAGCACAGUUGUCCAGGAUGACCCCAGGCUUGUUCACCUCUUCUCCUGGGAACCUGGUGGCCCAGUCACUGUGUCUGUCCAUCGGGAUGCACCCUAUGCCUUCCUGCCCACAUGGUAUGUGGAAGCCAUGACUCAAGACCUCCCGGCACUCUCAAAGACUCCCUCCCCCAAGGACUGAUGCCUCAGGGGACACACCAGUCUGGACUCCGUGCACAUAAUAAAAGCAGGUUUCUAAGCAGG